AUGGCGCAGCCGAACCCCCUAUCAAUUAGCUUCAAACGAGUACACCGCGUGUCCCCAGUGCAAUCGCGCUUCUGGUUCGCCGAGCAAUACAUGUCCGACCCAACGCAAUCCAACAUGGCCGUGGCCUACAGAACCACCGGUGACUUCGACGUCCGGCGGUUUAAACGCGCCCUGGAGGAAGUCUUGUCGCGGCACGAGACGCUGCAGACUGCAAUUUUCAUGGACCACAACACGCGUGAGUUGUUGCAGGGCGUGCGUGUUGAGCCGGCGCCCUUUUUCCAGUACAUCGAGGAAGAUAUCGACGGGGCUGUGUACACGCGGGAGAUGGAAAAGGCGAAGGAUAUUGUGUGGAGGAUAGACGAGGGAGAUGCGUUUCGGGUUACCCUGGUCUAUUUUUCUCAAGGAGUUGAGCCUGGCCUACCAGCAGAAACCGCUGGGGCGGUACCGCCGCGGUAUACGGACUAUGCGGACGCGCAGUAUCAGGCGAUCGAGUCGGGCAAUCUGGAUCGGCAGUUGAAGUACUGGAGAGAGAAUUUGAUGCCACUUCCUGAGCCGAGUUCCCUGCUCCCCUUUUCACGUGUGAAGGAGCGAGUGGCCUCGAAAGAUUUUGGGAGGCAUACGACCACAACGGAGAUAAGUGCGGCAUGUGCAGAGCGGGUUAAGGCUCUAUCGCGCACAUUGCGCGGUUCGCCGUUCCAUUUCCAUCUCUCUGUGAUUCAAAUUAUUCUCUGUCGUCUGCUUGAAACAGAGGAGAUCUGCAUCGGCACUACAGACGCCGGACGAUCUGACCACCGCUUCGCGCGUACGCUGGGGUUCUUUGUGAACACACUCCCCCUUCGACUCCGUCUAGCCAAAGGUGAUACGUUCACCGAUGUUUUCCGACGAACAGCUUCUACCGCAGUUGCAGCACUAAGCAACUCAGCCAUACCUUUUGGUAUGCUCACAGACAGAUUAAACGUCCCACUUAGCUCAACGCACACGCCGCUCUUCCAAAUCAUGGUCAACUAUCGCAUGGGUGAGACACUCAGUUUACCCCUGGGCAAGACGGCAUCGUUGCGGUAUGUAGACGCUGUGCAGGCGAGAGUGCCUUACGACAUGAGCAUCAAUUUCACGCCUUCAGCGUCGGGCCCGUGGCUGCUCGAAAUUGACAGCCGGAACUACUUGUACACUCGGCAGAGCAUGCAGAUGUUUUCAGAGAUGUAUGCUUAUCUUCUGGAGAGUGUUUGUGAGGAUCAGUCUCUAACUGUCGAUCGGUAUGCAUUGUUCCCAAAGCCUGUCAUUGACGCGACCAUCCGUCUCGGGGAAGGCGAGAUCGUUGACUAUGAGUGGCCGGAAACCCUGGCUGAGCGGAUUGAUGAUAUCACAAGGGAUCAUGCACAGGCUGUCGCGGUGACAGAUGCUGCAGGUCCUCACACCUACGCAGAACUGGCAGCGCGGGUAAACGCAAUCGCGUCUGCACUCGUGGAUAGCGGAGUUCGAGCCGGAUCGCGGAUUGUUGUCUUUUGCGAACCCUCGAUCGAGGCUAUCGCAGCUAUGCUAGCGGUGCUUCGGGUUGGCGCAGUCUAUGUUCCUGUAGAUGUCAGUUUCGUAGCAGCGCGCCAGGCGGCCAUGAUAGAGGAUUGUCAGCCGUCGGUGAUUCUCUGCCAGACAAUGACUGUGCAGAGGGCAAAUAAGUUUAGAAGUCAAGAGACACUCGUUCUCCAUGUUGAUGAUCUUCAAGCCGACGAUAGCCUCGCUCCGACCCCCAUCAGAGGCACCUCCUCAUCUCUGGCCAUAAUCCUCUACAGCAGCGGUUCAACCGGCAAACCCAAAGGAAUCAUGCUGCAACAAGGCCUCUUCACAAACUGGAUCGCCUCUCAAGGGCGCAUGACAUUCUCCUCCCGCCCGGAGACGGUCCUCCAGCAGAGCUCCCCGGGGUUCGACUUGGGUGUCGCACAGGUGCUCCUGGCGCUCUGUUUCGGUGGGAAUUUGGUGAUCGUGCCGCAGCAGAUGCGAUUCGACCCGAUCGCCAUUUCGCGGUUGAUGGUCGCAGAGCGCGUGACGAUGACGCUGGGCACACCCUCCGAGCACACGAUGCUCCUCCGGUACGGGUCGGAUUACCUGACGCUGCUAAGGUCAUGGCGGUAUGCGAUUAUCGGCGGCGAGCUUGUCACGGAUCACCUGGUCAGAGAGUUCCAGGCGCGGUUGGGGGCGCGGUUUUCUCCGGAAAUUACUAUUGUAUAUGGGCCCACUGAAGCAGGGGUUGUCUCGAUGUGUUCAGCAGGCCCAGUGUUGGGAGGUAAAGGACCAACGACCACCACGGUGGUAGGCAAUGUCGGUAGGGCCCUACCCAACACAGCGCUAUACAUUGUGGACGAACACCUUAACCUCCUCGGUCCCGGCUUCCCCGGCGAAGUCUGCAUUGGCGGUGCGGUUGUCGGCAUGGGCUACCUAGACGCUCCAAUGGCGAAGGAAAAAUUCAUCGCCAACCCCUUCGCCUCAGAUGAACACCGCGCGCGCGGGUGGACAAAGCUCUACAAAACAGGAGACCAAGGUCGACUGCUCGAAGACGGCUCACUAGUCUUCAUCGCCCGGAUGGCCGGUGAAACUGUCAUCAAACUGCGCGGAAUCCGUGUGGACCUUGAGGAGAGGGAGGGUGAGUCGCGAUUUCUCGUCGCGCAUGUGGUUCUCGCGCCUGGCAAGGCCGUGACUGAGGGCCAGCUUCAGAAUAUCUUGGCUGAGCUUCCCCUGCCUCAGUCCAUACGCCCGAGUAUUCUCAUUCCCGUCGAUACCAUUCCGACGACGCCGAAUGGCAAGGUCGAUCGGAAGGCAUUGGCGAUGCUCCCGCUGCCUGAGAUCAAGUCCUCUGCUGGCCCCGAGACGGACCAGUCUUUUACGCUUGCGGAGGCCGAGCUGAAGAUAUUGUGGGAGCAAGUCCUGCAGGGGAGCUCUCUCCCAGGAAUGGUGAUCCAGCCAAAAUCCGACUUUUUCUCUGUGGGAGGGACGUCGGUCCUUCUGGCCAAGUUGCAGGGGCUCAUCCGGCAAUCAAUGACAAUAACCAUCCCCCUCGCCGAGCUAUUCAAGGAAAGCACGUUGGGAAAGAUGGCCCGAAUGCUGAGCUCCAAACGGGCGCAAGUCACUGAUGAUACGAUCAACUGGGACGAGGAGACAAAGGUACCCGAACAUUUCCUUGAGUAUCGAUCCCGAGAUCACUGCCAGGACGAACACCACCCACGCACUGCAGGCACGAUCCACAAAGUCCUCUUAACCGGCUCGACCAGCUUCAUCGGCAAAGCAAUCCUGCAGUCCCUCCUCUCGAACCCCAGCAUUACGACAGUCCACUGCAUUGCUGUCGAACCCGAGCAGAUAUCCUCCCUCCCACCCUCUGACCGCAUCACAACUCACCCGGGCCAGCUAAUGGACUCCUUCCUUGGCCUUUCCCAGGACACCCUGAACAACCUGUCCACCAGCAUCGACCUCAUCAUCCACGCCGGCACGUUUGGCAACUGCAUGAACCGCUACGCCUCGAUGCGAACACCAAACUUCCACUCAACAAUCUUCCUCGCCGAGCUCGCCCUCCGUGCACACGUACCCAUGCACUACAUCUCCUCGAACCGUGUGACCCUGCUCUCCGGCGCCACAAUAUACCCACCGAUCUCAGUCUCGGAGUACAAACCUCCAACGGACGGCUCCGAUGGCCUUAUCGCUUCCAAAUGGGCUAGCGAGGUCUUCCUUGAGCGUGUGGCGAAGCAAACAAGGUUGAAUGUGUGUAUCCAUCGCCCUUGCUAUAUUGUUGGCGAGGAAGCGCCGAGCACGGAUAGCAUGAACUGUAUCGUGCGGUUCUCGAAGGAGCUGGGCGCCUUCCCUGCGCAGGAGGGGAUGUGUGGGUAUCUCGAUUUUAGGGAGGUUAAGGAGGUUGCUGCUGAGAUCAUUCAGGAUGCAUUGAAAGUACAUUCUGGUCCUCGUUCUCUAUCCAAGGACGGAAAAGAGCUGGGGGCCGUCAGGAUCAUGCACUAUUCGAGCGGAGUGAAGGUCCCUCUUGGAGAGUUGGGUGUCCGUUUAAGUCAGCUUUAUGGGGGCAGUUAUGAGAAGAUUAGCACGCAGGAGUGGUUGGAAAGGGCUGGUCGGAUUGGGAUGGAGCCUCUUGUUCGGAUAUAUAUGGAAGCUGUCAUUGAGAUGGGGCAGAAGAGAUCAUUUCCUUAUUUGGAGACGCAUGAGUGCGUUAGCGUAGCUAACGGUGCCGGUCACUGA